AAAAAUAAUUUUUAACAAGUCUCCGAGGUGUGUCGCACUACCGUUAACUUUGUAUAUAAAAUCGCACAGCUUCAGCUCAGAAGACACAACCAAACCAAACUUACAAACAGCACAACAUGAAAUUCUUUAUACUCUUCGCUGCCGCUCUCGCUUGCGCCCAUGCCGUGCACUUGCCAUACAUCAUCUCCAAUUCGUUUGAAUCCAGCGAGGAGGAAUAUCGCGUCCUGUUACCUGCCAAAGGACAAAGUCUGCCAGGUGUUGGUGUAAUCAAUCAACCCGUCGUACAAGCGGUGAAAGUGAAGGUGCCACGAUAUGUCAGUCCUGAUAUCAAGCAGCAAAUUAUCAGACAAAGUUUGGCAGCACGCGGCUAUGGUGGACAAAUUUUGACUGCCGCCAGCGGGGCUGGGGCUCCACAAGCGGCUACGCUGUUGCGUUAACAACCUCAAGUGUCUUCGACACACACGGAUAAUGAGGUGGGCACAGCAUCUACAAUCGUCGACAAAGCUUAUAGCCCGUUGUGUAUGCAGUACUUGUAUUACCUGUUGUUACUUAGUCGAAUUAAUUAAUUUCGAACUAUUUUGGAAGAAUUACUAAAUUUUAUACCAUUUCAUGUAAAUAUUAUGACCUAUUCCAAUUAAAUUUUUUUAAUUAAAAUAGUUAACUAAAUUAGAUCAA